CUUUUUCGAAGCGGUGAAUCAGCUGAAUCGCUGGGCUACUCUCGCAGAAAAGUGCCUUUGCGAUGAUGGUGAUGCCCAAGUGGGGCAAUCAUCUACUUCUGCAACAGGACUUAGUACACACGAACUAGUACAACAGGAACAUGAAGACGGUUCUAUAAGUAAGAGGCACCAUCAUGUUCUUGGAGCAGAAAAUAAUCCACCACAGCAAACAGUGGCACAACAACACACACGAACACCUGGUAACAACAACAAGCCUUGUAUAAGUGGACACAGAAAAAAACUUGGUCGUAUUCGUAUAAUUGCUGUGGACUUGUAUGAAGAAGAGCCGUAUCCCGCAGGGCUCGCGGAGAUGUGCUACACGCGAGGCCAUGCCGACGCGUAUCUAACUCGUGAUGCCUGCCGAGGGCGGUUUGAGUCUGUGGGCAACCGAGUCCAUUAUCAGCAGAAUAGCUGGAAAAGAUGUUGGGAUCAUGCUACGGAAUAUAUCAAGUCUCAAUAUUAUGAAACACAUUCAGCAAAAGAAGACAAAGUGGAAGGAAGUACCAUAAUGCAAAAACAAAGCUACGGCACUUUUUUUGACAACUACUACAACUUUGUGAUGAAGUUACGACCGGACACCUACUUUUUCCCACGGGUCUUUCGUUUGCGACGAGAGCAGAGAACACCGAGACUACUUCUGAGUACCACUCCGCGUGAAAGUGCGAUUAGAAAUUGGCUGGAGCCGCUUCCAGUGGAGUCACUGGGAAGUGUAGUGGAGGGCUCAAUGAAUCCACGAAAAACUGAUAGCAGUUUUCUAGCAACCUUAGACUUCACCAAAGCGACGCAUUCGAAAGAGGAAGAAUCCUAUCUUCACUCACCGGAGAAAACCUUGCUGCACAGGUUGUUGACACUGAUGGGGGAUAUCGAUAUUGAAGGACUAGCAGACGAUGACUCGCUGGACAAAGGCUCAACUUCAUCACCGGGCCCCGCCUACUCCGUCUCACCAUCUUCACGUCCAGCCUUCUAUCAGUUCCUGGCAAAUGAAUUACUCCCUUCUUUGUUUUCUUG